GAAGUCCGUUUUCUUAAGGCCAAGGUUCUCUUCUCGCUUUCCUAAUUUGGUCUCCUCUUCGUCCUUGCCGUUUCCUCUCUCUGUCUCUCUUUUCUCUUGCUUCUCGCCUUAUCUUGACUCGGGUUCCCAGCGUCCUCUUUGACAGUUAAGACUUCUCCAAGAACAUAGGAACUUGUUACUUUUCAGUGUUAGUCUGCUCGAUUAUUGGGUUUAGUCUCCUCGAUUAUUGGUUUCGUUUGGAUGAUUGAUUGCCCAGAAAUGGAUGACGAGUAUGCAAAACUUAUAAGGAGGAUGAACCCACCAAGAUAUUUGUGCAUAGGGGUCCACAUCUGCUCUGAGUUGUGAUUGACAAUGAUGCUUGUGAGAAUGCUACAGUUAUUCAGGUUGAUAGUGUUAACAAACAUGGCAUUCUCUUGGAAGUUAUUCAAGUACUCAUAGAUCGAAACCUUAUCAUCACAAAAGCGUACCUCUCUUCCGACGGUGGUUGGUUUAUGGAGGUGUUUAACGUGACUGACCAAGAUGGGAGUAAAAUCAGAGAUGGAGAAGUCAUCAAUUACAUCCAAAAGAAUAUUGAAACCGAUGCUUGCUUCUUACUCCCAUUAAGAGAAUCUGUAGGGGUGAUGCCCUCUAAAGAGCGUACCUCAAUCGAACUAACUGGCACCGACAGGCCUGGUUUACUGUCCGAAGUAUGUGCAGUGCUUGCUGACCUUGGUUGUAAUGUGGUAAAUGCUGAGAUCUGGACACACAAUGCUAGAGCAGCAGCUGUAGUUCAUGUCACAGAUGAGGCCACAGGGUGUGCAAUUGAAGACCUAAAACGCCUCUCCACAAUCAAAGAACUCCUAUGCAAUGUGCUUAAAGGCAACAAUGAUCUGAAAGAAGCAAAAAUGGCACUUUCUGCCCCUGGUGCAAUGCACACAGAGAGAAGGUUACAUCAGAUGAUGUUUGCUGACAGGGAUUAUGAAAAGUUUGAAAGCUCAGGGCUUGAGAGAGCUGAUGAUUUGGGAUCAAGACCCCAUGUCACCAUAUUGGAUUGCAUAGAGAAGGAUUAUACUGUGGUUACUAUGAGGUCUAAAGAUCGGCCAAAGCUCUUAUUUGACACUGUAUGUACACUGACAGACAUGCAGUAUGUAGUGUUUCAUGGAGCAGUUGAUACAGGAAGGAAGGAAGCUUACCAGGAAUAUUAUAUCCGGCACGUUGAUGGGCUCCCUGUAAGCUCAGAAGCUGAACGACGACGUGUGAAACAUUGUCUUGAAGCCGCCAUUGAGAGGCGUGCCUCAGAGGGAAUGGAGCUAGAACUGUGCACAGAUGACCGGGUUGGACUUCUCUCAGACAUUACCAGGAUAUUUCGAGAAAAUAGUUUGUCCAUUCAAAGAGCAAAAAUUUCUACAAAGGGUGGGAAAGCAAGAGAUGUUUUCUAUGUUACAGAUGUCUCUGGUAACCCAGUUGAUCCAAAGGCCAUCGACUCAAUUUGUAGACAGAUUGGACAAAGCAUUCUGUGGGUGAGAAGGAACCCAAGUUUCACUACAAAACCUCCCGAGGAGACAACUGGUUUUCUGUUUGGGAACUUUUUUAAAGCUCGAGCAUUCCAGAAUUUCAGACUGAUUAGAUCAUACUCAUAGAUAUCUCCAUAAAUAUUUACUGGAGAAACUUUGCAGGAGCAUCUAAAGUUUCAGUCACGGUCAUACAAUUCUAAGAAUUGGUUUGGAGCAACUGUUACACGUUUAGGACUCAGACAUACUGUAAUUGUCUUCUCCCACUAGUGCAGAAGUGUCAAUGCAUGACAUAUACUAAAUAGAAGAAGCUCAGAAGUCCUACUCUGUACUGUAAACUACUGUCAGGUCAAGUGUCAAUGCCUCUCAGUUCUGUAAUUAAAUUGUGUACAGAUGUACAUUGUAAAAGAGAAAGAAAAGACCCGAAAAGGCUGUACAGAUUAUGCUUAUAAGCAAAGUGAUGUGAAUAUGUGUA